AUGACCGAAGAGCAAAUCUCGCAGCUCCCGGUAGAAAAAGCUGUUCUUACUUCUGCUCCUAAUGUCCCUCCGCCCAUCACUCGCGACCAUCCCGUCCGCCUUGAAGUCGACCUGACAUCGACCGAGAAAACAUUCCAGAUGACCAGCCAAUACAAGUACGAAGGAUGGACAUUCAAUGACACCAUCCCGGGACCGUUCAUUCGCGCUCGUGUCGGCGACUUCAUCGAACUGACAUUCUACAACAAGGACCUCAGCGGCCGACAGCACAACAUUGAUUGCCACGCGUUCACGGGUCCUGGUGGCGGCGCAGCCCUCACAACAGCCGAGUCCAAUGGUGUCAAGAAAGCAAGAUUUCGACUCCUCAAUCCGGGACUUUUUGUCUAUCAUUGCGCGGCGAACCCUGUGCCGGUUCACAUUGCCAACGGCAUGUAUGGAAUGAUCUAUGUGCAGCCCGAGAAAGAUCUCCCGCCCGUCGACAAAGAAUACUACGUCCUCCAGAGCGAGUUCUAUCAUGAGCCCCCGCAGAUUGGAAUCGACGGCCGCCCCGAAAAGACCGUCGAGUUCUCGUACCCCGAUGCUGUGCGCGAGGAGCCCAACGUGGUCGUUUUCAACGGAAGCGACUCAUCCCUCACAAAGAACCCCUUAACUGCGAACACCGGAGAGACUGUUCGACUGUUUUUCGGAAAUGCCGGCCCCAAUCUCACCAGCUCAUUCCAUGUCAUCGGCAGUCACUUCCGCAAGGUCUAUCGCGACGGUGGCGUUGUCAGUCCCCCAACCGAUAUAUUGUCCACGCUCUCGGUGCCCCCGGGCGGUGCGGCGAUAACUGAAUUGCAAAUGAUCGUGCCAGGUGCCUAUACUCUUGUUGAUCAUGCCAUUUUCAGACUCGAGAAGGGAGCGGUUGGAUACCUGAACGUGACUGGGAAACCGCGGCCGGAUGUUUAUGGGAGUGAGGAGCCACCGGCACCCUGUAUGGGGUGUAAACUGCACCCUUAA